GAAAAUACGAUUGGGCAAAAUGGGCAUAAAUUUGUGGCUGUUGAUUGUGAUUUUCAAAAUCAUUGAAUUGAUGGCGCUCUACGAAUGAGAAAUUUCACGAUAUCGCAUGCAUAGAUAAUUCUACGUAUAGAAAUUCAUUAUUUUCACUUGCAAAAUUUACAGUACGUACGUAUGUCGGAAAAUUUGUUAUCUUUAUAACAGCUUUAGAGCGAGUGAUGCUCUGUUUAAGGUUACGCGGGCAAACAAUUGUUUUAAAGAAAGUAGGUAAACAUAACAAUUAGUCAAAUAAAAAUAUAAUAACAUUAAAUCGUAUACAAAAUUUAUAAAUUGUUGUAUCCUCUUCAAUUUUUUCAAACGUUCUCUGUAAUAUAUCCUAGUUCUAAUUAAUAACGAUGAAAUAUUUGUAAGUUGGUUCUGCAUAGGCAGAUAAAAUACUUGAUUACAUCGUGAAUAAGUCGAUUGUCUUUAUUUAUUGAUUAGGGCUACGUGAUUUAGAAAUAGUGAAAUUCCACCUGGGUGCAGUCUAAAUACUUGAAUAUUUCUACAUACCUUAAUAAUGAGCAAAAAACCUAUUUUCAUUACAAGAAAUGAUCACUCUUCCAUUUUAUAUGAGUUGCUAGAACAGAAAUUCGAAGUCGUUGUUUGGGCUUGGUCAGAAAAAGGAGUCAUCCCUAAAAGCAAACUUAUUGAAAAUAUUAAAGGAAAAUAUGGCCUGGUGUGUUAUCCGACUGAAAUUAUUGAUAAAGAAGUCAUCGAAGCAGCAGGAAAUACACUGAAAGUUGUCACCACAGUUUCGGCAGGAUUUGAACAUAUAGACUACAAGGAAUUAAAAUCACGUGGAAUCAGAGUUGGUAACUCUCCUGCAGACGAAUUGACAGAGGCUGUUGCUGAACAAGCUAUUGGUCUUUUAAUUGCCACCAGCAGACGUAUUAUUGAAACUCAAAACCUCAUGUUAAAAGGCGGUUGGACGUCCCAAGUAUGGAGCCCAAAGUGGAUGUUAGGGUAUGAAAUACAUGGAGCUUCGGUAGCAAUUGUCGGUGGUGGUCGAAUAGGUAUUUCUAUUAUGAAAAAAAUAAAAUCUUUCAAUCCUGAGCGUAUUUUCUAUUACAGUCGCAAGGAAAAACCCGAAGCUACUGCGCUCGGAGGAGAAUUAAAACCUCUCGAUUGCAUAGUGCAGGAAAGUGAUUUCAUUAUUCUAUCGCUUGCACUGGUCGAAGAAACGAAAGCAAUAAUUAAUAAAGAAAGGUUAAAUUGCAUGAAACCGAAUGCUAUAAUUGUCAAUAUCGCAAGGGGAGGCUUGAUCGAUGAAAAUGCCUUGAUUGAAGCGUUACAGAGUAAAAAAAUUGGUGGAGCUGGUCUCGAUGUUUUUGCCCAAGAACCAUUAUCUGCAAACAGUCCUUUACUGAAACUGGAUAAUGUUGUGACCACUCCUCACGUAGCUGCUUCCACACUUAAGACUCGAACUGCUAUGUCGGAAUUAGCUGCUUUAAACCUUCUGGCAGUUUUCAACGAAAAACAAAUGCCUGCAGAAGUCUGAGCGAGCGUACAUAUUAUGAUAGAUACUACGAUCACCUACCUAUAAUUAAUUAAUUAUAUCGCUUUAAAAAUAUACUUUUAUUACGUAA